GAGCUCCGACUGAGAUCCCCUCAGCUUCAAGGUUCGAUGCCGCCUGAUCUGUCUCGGCUCAGGCAGCUGGAGGCCCUGGUCAUCGAAGGAGGCAGGAUGGACGGCGGCAUUCCCAGUCUCGGCAGCCUCACACAGCUACGAGCCGUGGCUUUCGUCGGUUCCUUUGUUGGCCUCUUUUACCUCGACUCGCUGCCGCCUGGCAUCA